ACCAGAGGAGAUGCCAUACACCUUCGCGACUGUCUGACCUCCAUUGCCAAAGGUAGUCAAAAGCCUAUAAUGCUGCAUUUCCACCACAAGUUGCCCACGGGGGGAGCGGCGCUCCUGCUCGCCGCCCUGCUUUGCGUGAGCGUCGCGCAGGCUGCGUCUCUCCCCCGCCACUACAGGCUGCGAGGCGGGGACGGUGAUGUCCAGCCGUCCCCGGAUAUGAUGAAAGCCUUGCAGUACAUCGAGAACCUGAAACAACGGAACGAGGGCCGUGGCGAGCCGGCGGACUAUGAUGAGGUGGAGAAGUUUCGUGUCCUGCUUCAGUUGGCCACACAGCAGCAGCAGGAUGAAGCCGCACCGGGCACACUCCAAAGGCAGGACAUCACCGCUGAGCAGCUCAUGAAAGCUCUGCUCCGCUCUCUGCAGGGAGACCAAGGAGCAGCCCGCCACCGGCGUGCGCACCGGCACCGCACAAAAGACACGGAAACGCCCGAGAGUGCGCCUGUUGACUACAGCAACACACCCCGGGCGCACAAGAAAUACCCUCUAAUGUUUGAGGAUGAGGAGAAUACAGACGCCUCUAAACGGGCCACAGAGGACUUAGAUGAGCAGUACACUCCUCAAAGCCUCGCCAACCUGCGAUCCAUCUUUGAUGAACUGGGGCGCAUGCCAAUGGUACAGAAGAGGACCUUGCAAGGGGAGGACGAAGACCAGGACGAGGACAUACUGAGCCUUAGAAGCCAAGCCUAUGAGGAUGUAGCUGGGGGAGAGGAGUGGGUCCCUGUGGAGGAGAGGGAGGAGACUGAGGAGAUGGUGAAUAAAAGUCGUGAGGAGGUGGACCGAGCCACAGAACCAGACAGUGAGGAAGAAGAGGAGGUGCAGCGCAGGGCCAACCAGGACCAGGAGGAGGCCGAUGAUGAUACUAAAUUAGUGGACUACUAUCUGCUCAAAGUGCUGGAAAUGAGUGACCAGUCACAGAAAAAGCGAGAUGUGGAAGGAGAGCAGAAAAAGAGGUUGAUCCGUCCCUCUAUUGUGGAUCCACGCACAGUCAAAGAGCUGCUAGAGCUCUCCCUGAAGCUCCACGUCCCCCCACAGGACCUCAUCGACAUGCUUCUCACAGAGGAGCUCCGGAAGCUGCACCGUGACCCCCAGGGCUCCACCCGCUUCUCCACCACCACCGGGCAAACCCCCAAAAUCAGAUACUUCAGCCGCAGGCUGCCAGUCAAGAGCAAGACACAGCCAGAGGACAUGGACAGAGAGGACUUCUUAGACAUCAUUGGAGUGGAGACCAUCAGUAAUGAGUACCCAGUGAUCCAGCGCCCCAUGAAAACUGCUCCAUCUUCAGACAGGAUCUCUUCACUUCCAGCUUUGAGCUCAGGGCCAGUCAGAAUCCCAGCCCCCUCUGGACGCAGAGAGAAUCUGUUCCUUUCUGAGCUUAACAAAAUGCCACUCAAGCGUCAAACUGACACAGAUGAUGAAGAUGACGAUGUUGAAGAUGAGGUGACCACGUACCUGGCAGCCAAAAUCCUUACAGAAUACCCCAACACCAUCAACAAGAGAGACACCCAGGCGCAGCUCAAAGGACAGUUCCCUUAUGAGCUUUACGAGAAGGCCAUGAAGGACUAUUUAGAUCAAAAUGAAAAGAGACCAGUGGCCAAAAGGGAGACCGAAGUCACAGCUACUGAAAAUGUAAACCCCACAGAAAUGCAAAAAGACGCCCCAUUUGACAAGACACAAGCUCCUCAAACCACCAACGAAGAGGGAGAGAAUAAGGAGAAAGUGGUGGCAGGAAUGUAAAUUUAAGGUUUGGAGAUCAGACGCACGUGUUUAAGGUUUUAGUAUUUAUACCGUCUUAAAAUAAGUUUGGUGGAUGUGAUCUAGUUUACAGAUUUCUAUUCUAAUAAGUUUAUGGUAUUAUACUGGUAUUAUAUCUACCCUAAUGAAAAAGAACUAUAGCAAUUUUACCUUUGUAAAAUAUAUAAAUAUAUCAAAGUCCCUAUACUUGCUGCAGGAAUGUUCCAGACAGAUCAUGAGAUUUAAAGGUACAAUCUAUAGAAUACAACUAGUUUGGUCUGUGCCUGUCAUUGCCAAAUCUAAACACCAAUGUAUAUGAAACCCAAAGUGACGUUUGUGAUGUUGUUUGUUUACAUAUAUGGUGUUUGUAAACAGAAAACUGGCCUAUAUUUUCAAAUAUAAUCUACAGAGUAACAAUAAUAUUUUUCAUGUGUGUCAAGAUUAUGUACUCAGUAAAAUGCUGCCUGGGCCUUUCAAACUAAAGCUAAAGCUAUUCCACCUUUUGAGACGCUAAGGUGUACAACAAAGUAUCUUGAGAAGAAAAGAUGUGGAGCAGAGAACAAAUGUCUAAUUCAGGGUGAAAUUAUUGUUCUGAAUAUCUGAGUUUUAUUAUGAGACCGUCGCCUGCCUUCCAACCCUUUCAUACUGCAUCAUGUUGGCCUAACAGUGGUUGUGCUCUGUGCGCUCAUUUUUAAACCAUUUUGUACAUGUUCAAUAAUGUGUAUUGAAUCACAGAAGAAUAAAGCAUCAGCGGUAUUAUUUUU